AAUAACAAUCUAGGGUUUAAAAAUUUUCUUCUGGCGCUUCAAUUUCAGUUGAAUUAAUUUUAACCCACAAUUUCUAAGUCUCCAGUAUGAGUCGGGAUAGGAGCAGAAGUCCAGGUUUAGCCAGUCGUUUCCGUAGGGAUCGAGCUUCUUACCGUGAUGCACCCUACAAAAGGGAUAAGCCUGCAUAUCGCCAAGAUUAUCUGUGCAACAAAUGUAAGCAACCUGGACAUUUUGCCAGAGACUGUCCAAAUGCGACUGUCUGCAACAAUUGUGGACUUCCUGGUCAUGUCGCAUCCGAGUGCACUUCAACUACUAUGUGUUGGAACUGCAAGGAAUCAGGACACCUAUCAAGCGAGUGCUCCAACGAUCCUGUGUGCAAUAUCUGUGGUAAAACAGGGCAUCUAGCUCGUGAUUGCCAUAACCCAAAUGUUUCCACCUAUGAUGCUCGUCUUUGCAACAACUGCUACAAACCCGGGCACCUUGCAGCUGAAUGCACUAAUGAGAAGGCUUGCAACAACUGCCGAAAAACCGGCCACAUUGCCCGUGAAUGCAGUAAUGAUCCAGUAUGCAACAUUUGCAACAUAUCUGGGCAUGUUGCCCGCCAGUGUCCAAAAUCUGGCAUGUCGGGGUUGGCUAAAUCUCGCCCUUCAAGCUUUCUGGGUUCUUUUGGCUCAUCGAGGGCUGACCCUUUUCGGGACAUGGUAUGUCGUAAUUGUGGACGCCCCGGUCAUAUCAGCCGUGACUGUUUGCCUAUGCCUAUGACUAUGCCUAUGGUCAUCUGCAAUACUUGUGGUGGGCGAGGCCACAUGGAAAUCGAGUGCCCCUCUGCGCGAAGGUUUAACUCAUUUGAACGUGCAUUUCCUGACCCUCAUUUUCGUAGGUACUGAACGGGCUGUGAGUCAGCAUGUUGCUUGCACUUUAAGUGGUCUAACUCAUUGUGAAGAUGGGCUUUUGAUAUUUCAAAGUAUUAAUUAGGGAGGUUGCUUGUACUAUGUUGAAUCUAUCUUUACCAUAGCCAUAGCGUAACACAAUUUUGAUUGAGGCAUUUGGCGGGAUUAUCGGAAAUUAAUAUUAACCUAGGUACCUAUAUAUCUUUUGAUU